UAUUCCAAUUGCUUCAAUUUUAUUUUUUGCGCCAAAUGGAUGAAAAUCUUUUUGCCUCAAAAUCUCGAUAAGAGGAAGAGUCUUUUCACUUUCAAAAUCGAAUUUCAAUCUCUUACGCAUUUCAAAUUGAACUUCAACACCAUUUUGAUUCUCAGAAAAACCAUAACCUUUAAUCUAAUGGACCGCAAGGAAACUUUGAAGAGGAAAUUCGAUUUCACCGAUGAUGACGAAUCAACCGAUGAAGUUCUUCACGAAAACUCUCGCCGUCUAACUAUCGCCGACGAUAUUACUAACCGCAUAGAUCUGUUAAACUCGGUUUUUUCAUCGUCCGAUCCGGAUAUCGGUUCUGCUCAAAAUGCUCUUGUUUUUCUUUCGGAAUACGCCAAAGAUGAUGAUAUGGUGGAUUCUAUGGUAGUUUGUGGUGUUGUUCCUGCUCUAGUGAAGGUUUUGCGUAUGGUGUCUAAUGGAGGUGAUUUCGAUGCUGAUACUUGCGAUGUUGAAAAAGAGUGUGUAUACAUCCUCGGUCUUAUCGCUCCCAAGCCGGAGUAUCAACAACUCAUUGUUGAUGCUGGAGCCUUGCCUUGUCUUGUGGAAUUGUUGAUGAGACCUAAAGCCCUUGGUGUUUCUCAAUCACUUUUUUCUCUUCUUCUUGGGAGAGUAGCUGAUGCAAUAACCAAUCUUGCUCAUGAAAAUAUCAAUAUCAAGACCCUUGUCAGGUUGGAAGGUGGCAUUCCUCCUCUUGUUGAUUUGCUUGAGUCCACUGAUACAAAGGUACAGAGAGCUGCUGCAGGGGCCCUGAGAACUCUUGCAUUUCAAAAUGCUGAGAAUAAAGACCAGAUUGUUGAAUGUGAUGCGUUGCCCACUCUUGUACUAAUGCUUGGAUCAGAGGAUCCUGCAAUGCAUUAUGAGGCAGUUGGUGUGAUUGGAAAUCUUGUCCACUCUUCACCAGAAAUUAAGAGAGAGGUUCUUCUAGAAGGGGCUUUACAACCAGUUAUUUGCCUACUAAGUUCCCCCUGUUUGGAGAGCCAAAGAGAAGCAGCUCUUUUAAUUGGUCAAUUUGCCACAACGGAUUCAGAUUGCAAGAUUCACAUUGCCCAAAGAGGUGCUAUAAAACCUUUAAUCAAAAUGCUCAAGUCUUCAGAUUUACAACUCAGGGAAAUGUCAACUUUUGCACUUGGGAGGUUGGCACAGGACUCACACAAUCAAGCUGGCAUUGCUUACAACGGAGGUAUAGAGCCUCUCCUCAAUCUUCUUGCCACAAAGAACCCUUCUGUCCAACACAAUGCAGCUUUUGCUCUCUAUGCUCUUGCUGAUAAUGAGGACAAUGUUCCUCUUAUUAUUAAAGCGGAUGGUUUACAAAAACUGCAGGAUGGACAUUUCAGUGUUCUUCCUACUCAAGAGUGUGUAGCAAAAAUGUUAAAAAGAUUGGAGGAGAAGAUGCAAGGCCGAGUACUGAAGCAAAUGUUAUAUCUUAUGCGCUCUGGGGAAAAGGUUGUUCAAAAACGUGUAGCUCUUGCUCUUGCACAUUUAUGUUCCGCUGAUGAUCGUAAAACUAUUUUCAUUGACAAUAAUGGAUUAGAAUUGCUGUUGGAUCUCCUUGAAUCUACAAUAAAAAAGCAGAAGCGUGAAGCCUCUGCAGCGCUUCACACAAUGGCUACCAAAGGAAUUGGUGCCUCUAUUGUUGAUCUUGCGCCUACAUCACCAACUUCCCAGGUUUACUUGGGUGAGCAAUAUGUAAACAAUCCACUACUUUCUGAUGUCACAUUCAUAGUUGAAGGCAAACUCUUUCAUGCUCAUAGAGUCUGUUUAGUUUCAUCUGAUAUAUUUCGCAUAAUGUUUGAUGGGGGUUACAGGGAAAAGGAAGCCAAGGAUAUAGAGAUUCCAAAUAUUAAAUGGAAUGUCUUUGAGUUGAUGAUGAGAUUUAUAUACACUGGAACAGUCGAUGUUGAUUUGGAUGUUGCCCCGGACCUCCUUAAAGCUGCAGAUCAAUAUCUUCUCGAUGGUCUUAAGCGUAUUUGUGAAUCUGUUAUUUCUGAGGAUAUUUCUGUGGAAAAUGUUUCACUAAUGUAUAUGAUGUCAGACACUUAUAAUGCUACAUCGUUAAAAUAUUCAUGCAUACUAUUUAUCUUGGAGCAAUUUGAUAAAUUGAGCUCCAAACCAUGGUAUUGUCACUUUAUCCGUUGCAUUAAGCCGGACAUUCGGAACUUCUUCUCGACUUUACUUACCAUGCCUAAACAUGCUGACUAGUGCGGAUCCUCAGAUUUUAAUCUUUUUGUGAAGAAGUAUGAAAAUGUACAAAGCUGUGGUUAAUAAUAUAUUUGCAUGCCAUUCUUUGGUAACAACCUUAGAGCAUGUCUGCUUCUGCAGGGUUAACAAACUCUUCAAAGUGUAGCUUCUGUCCAAUUGCACAGAAGCACCUUGAUUUUGUAUUUUUCUUAACACAUUUCAUAGUGAAAGAAUCAUAUUUUUUAUUUAGCAAGAUAAUUUGGCCUUAUUUUAAGCUGGUGAAUACUGGUUUUGGUCUGAAAUUGUUGGUGAAUACUGGUUUUGGUCUGAAAUUGUUGAUGUUAAAGUGCACUUUAUUUGCAGCAUUUUCAUUACUUUGACAUUUGUGUUGCUUUUGGGUUCCUUAUUUAUAUCAAGUUGCUACUAGGUUACUUGUAUGUUAAGAAAUAAGUUUCUACAUUUACUGGCAUGAAUCGAGUGUAGCAACUUAUGACAAAUUAGUUCUCUUCAACUUUUUAUAAAGCCAAAAUGGCUAAAUAAAACCUUAGAUAAAUAAAUUA